AUGGACUUUACUCUGACCCUGCUAAAAAGAGACGACGACUCGCUCGAGGCCGGCAAACCGGCGUCGACGUCCCAAGUUUUGACCGCGUUUGUGACGAAUUCCAUCUUCUUUAGCGCUUUCAUCCUUGUGUUCAUUUUGCUAAGAAUGAAACUGAAACGUGUGUAUGAGCCCAAAUCGUCUUUCGAUCUGAUCAAUGACGAGAAAAAACCUGAACCUUUACCGCGCGGCCCCUGGCAAUGGCUUUUACCCCUGCUGAAAAAAUCCGACAAUUUCAUCAUACAGCAAGCGGGAAUCGACGGCUAUUUCUUCCUCAGAUUUCUCUUGAUCAUCUCGAUGUACUGUUUUGUGUCCCUCGUUUACGUUUUGCCCAUACUUUUGCCCGUGAACGCUGCGAAUGGUGUCAAACACAGCGGGUUCGACAUGUUGGCAUACACUAACGUGAUCAAAAAGCCCCGUUACUAUGCACAUGUUUUUGUUGGUUGGGUAUUCUACUGGGGAUUCUUAUUCGUGAUAUAUCGCGAACUGGUCUACUACACUUCAGUACGUCAGGCGGUUCUUUCAUCUCCAAGAUAUGCGCGGAAACUGUCUUCGCGGACCGUGAUGUUCCAAUCUGUGCCCGAAAAAUACUUGCUGGAAUCCGAAUUUCCCAAGCUAUUCGUCGGUGUAAAGAACGUAUGGAUCGCAAGAGGUGCAGGCCAACUCGAGAAGAAAGUCUCGGAGCGGGACGCUAUGGCCAUGCAGCUCGAAGCAGCAAUGACAAAAUAUUUGAAAACUGCGGUUAAAAAAAUUGCCAAGCUGAAGAAGAAAAAUCCAGAUUACGUACCUUCCACCGACAUUGCACAGUAUGUGCCACAAAACAAAAGACCAACCCAUCGCCUCAAAUUUUUGAUCGGAAAGAAAGUCGACACCAUCGACUUUCUGAAAGAGGAACUUCCCAAAUUGAACGCCGAUAUUAUUGAACUUCAAUCCAAUCACGAUGAGGCCAAGCCUUUCAACUCUGUAUUUGUUGAAUUUGAGUCUCAAUACCAUGCUCAGAUUGCUGUGCAAAGCACCAUUCAUCACGAGCCUUUGAAAAUGACACCUGCUUAUGCAGGUAUUCGUCCACAAGACAUCGUUUGGUUCAAUACAAGAAUGCACUGGCUCGAACGCACGAUUAGAAAAUUUGGGGCCGUGGCAGCCAUUAUUGCGCUCAUCAUUCUAUGGGCUUUCCCAGUUGCUUUUGUUGGCCUGAUUUCUAACAUCAACUACUUAACGGAUAAACUUCCGUGGUUGAGAUUCAUAUAUCAUCUUCCAGAACGACUAAUGGGCCUUUUGACAGCAAUGGCACCUACCAUAGCUUUAGCAGUUCUCAUGAUGCUGCUCCCCAUAAUCAUAAGGAAAAUGGCUCUGGUUGCUGGUGCUCCAUCCGUUCAACAUAUAGAGUACUUCACUCAGCAAGCGUUUUUCGGAUUCCAAUUUGUUCAAGUGUUUUUGGUUACCACAAUUGCUUCGUCUGCAACCUCGGUGGUCACGCAAAUUGUGAAAGACCCCACUUCAUCAAUGAGCUUGCUGGCGACAAACUUACCGAAAUCUUCCAACUUUUACGUUGCAUACAUUAUGUUACAGGGUCUCACGGUUUCGUCGGGUGCAUUACUACAAAUUGUUUCAUUGAUUUUAUUUUAUGUGCUAGGCUAUCUGCUAGAUGGUACUGCGAGAAAGAAGUGGUCCCGGUUUACCGGGCUUGGAAGCAUGCAAUGGGGUACCACAUUCCCAGUCUACACCAAUUUGGCGGUUAUUGUGUUCUCUUACGCUAUAAUUGCACCCAUUAUUUUACUGUUUGCCGCUGUUGCUUUCCUUUUGCUUUACGUCGCGUACCUUUACAAUUUGACUUAUGUGUUUCAAGAAUCUGCUCCUAUGCGUGGGAUCUGCUACCCAAGAGCCUUAUUUCAAACAUUUGUUGGUUUGUACGUGGGUCAAAUCUGCUUGCUGGGUCUUUUUGCAGUAGGCAAAGGUUGGGGUCCCAUUGUUCUUCAAGUGGUUUGUAUUGCUGUUACCGUAUUCAUUCACCUCAAUUUCAAUAUCGCAUUUGACAAUUUGAUGCAAGUGGUGCCAAUGGACACUAUGAAGCCACUUGACGGUAAAUCCAAUACGCCGUCAUUUGUUAAUAAACCGGGCAGCCAAGACUCUAAAGAAGGUGUGAAACAACUUCCGCACUUCCCUAUCCGGAAGUACCAGCCCCGGUCUUCUUUGCACCUUGACCAGAACACAAAGAGUUUGAGAAGCGAAAACACUUUCGAAGUCAAUGCUACGAUGGCAUCUGACAAUGAAAACAAUCUUGCCACGGUUCCACUAUUGGCAGACGGUGAAGAGACGUCUAUACCUGCGGCACCAUUUUGGAAAAGAUAUUUUCAACCUCACAUUUACCUCUCUUAUAAAGUCGCGCGCAGUAUCCUACCUGAAAUUUACAAUUUGCCCGAUCCAGAGGACACUACAGAUGCAGACGCCCUCAAGAACGCCUACAACUACCCUGCGGUCGGUGCCAAGUGUCCUAUGAUGUGGGUUCCUCGCGAUCCAUACGGAUUUUCAGACACUCAAUUAACGCUCUUGGGAUCAGAUAUCCCAAUGUCUGACGAAGGUGCAGGUUUUGAUGAAAAGGGCAAUAUCAUUUGGACUUCAGCACCACCAUCUUAUGAGGCGGCCAUGAAAGAGAAAAAUCCUUUUGAGGAAGAAGAAGAGAACGAAGCGUUCUGA